UCAACCUUAACUCGGACCGGUGCUUGGAUUAGGCUAGUUCUUGAUGAGACAGACAGAAGAGGGUUUAAUCCCUGGCAUUUGCUCGUCGAAUCUUGACGUUCAUUCUUUUGCAUGGCGUAUUGAUUCGUUUUCGUCUUCCUUCCCCGUUGAUCCUCCUCCCAUCAUUGUCAUCCAUUGUGAGGAACAACAGGUGACAUCGCUGAGCCUCUACAUCAUUUGCAUAUCGAUUGGCCAGUCUCUGAUUAAGGCAUCAUCUUAGAAUGGCUCCUAAUUUCUUGCGACGGCAAACCACCUCUAGUGGACCCGAACCUCCCCCAGAAGCUAUUCAAGCCUUUAAAGAGUUUGUGGAGGCGGACACCUUUCCAGAGGCUUGCAAGUCAUUCAAGGCGGUGCUACUUCAAUUGAAUUUGGCACCUGCACCCUUUCGUGAAUUCUAUCCCAAGUUCAAGGCAGCGCUCAAGGACCACGUACCAUUCAAGUAUAAGGAAAUCUUCAAGAUUCUGGAUGCCAAAGCAAAACAGAAGCCGUAUCAGUCAUGCCCAGCUGAAAAUCAGCGUGUUCUGGUGGUUGGCGGAGGACCAUGUGGUCUCCGUACGGCUAUUGAAGUUCAACUUCUGGGUGCCAAAACAAUUUGCAUCGAGAAAAGGGAAGAUUUUACGAGGAACAACAUCUUGAAGCUCUGGAAGUUCAUCAUCCCUGACCUAAAGUCGUUGGCCGUGAAGAAGUUUGUGGGCCAAUUCUGCUCGGGCCAGAUCAAUCAUAUUGGUAUCAAAUGUCUCCAGCUGUACCUGGCCAAGAUUGCCAUGUUCCUGGGCAUUGGCAUGUACGCUCCGCUUCAGCUGGAUGACCUCAUUGAGCCCCAAGGUGAGAAGGGAUGGACGGCCAAGCUCAGUCCCCCGGGAAGCGAGCUUGACAUGUUCGAAUUCGACAUGAUCGUCAUUGCCAGUGGCAAGAAAGUGGCUCUGGAAGGGUUCAAUCGUCGAAGUCUGGAUGCCAAAAUGGCAAUUGCUGUGACUGCCAACUUUAGAAAUACUCGGACUCCCGAAGAGGCCAAAGUCAACCAGAUCAGUGGGAUCAGUAAACAGUACCACCAACAAUUCUUCAAGGACAUGGUUCAAGAAUGUCGGAUCGAUCUCGAGAACAUCGUCUACUACCGCGGGGAGACUCAUUAUUUCGUCAUGACAGCCCUUCGUUCGAGUCUCAUUGAGAAGGGGGUCAUUUUACGAGACAGUGACGAUAGGAAGACGCUCCUCUCGCCCACCAAUAUCAACCGGGAGAAGCUGCACCAAUUCGCCAUUGAAGCCGCUCAAUUCUCGACCAGCAAGUUUUCGAGCAAAUUACCGGUCACGGAAUUUGCCUUGGAUGCACGCGGCAGACCUGAUUGCGCUAUCUUUGACUUCACCAAUUUAUAUUCGGCCAGAAAUGCGUGCAAAGUCAAGGUCAGGAAUGGUCAUCAACUGUUAAUGGCCAUCGUUGGCGACAGUCUGUUGGAGCCAUUUUGGCCGGAAGGCACAGGAUGCGGUAGAGGAUUCCUAAGUAGUUUGGAUGCAGCGUGGCUUCUCAGGCAAUGGGCUCUGUCCCGGGUGAACCCAUUGGAGAUCCUCACAGAGCGCGAGAACGUCUACAAAUUGCUCAGUCAGACCACCGAUGGCGGGGGUAACCUCAAGACGAACUACAAGGCCUUCACCACGAACCCGGAAACCCGCUACCGGACCAUCCCCAAGAAGAUAGAUCACGAGAAAAUACUGGAGCUCUACGACUCGGACGCCAUCGAAGAGGUGGACUUUGUCAAGGAGAAGUUCAUGAACAAGCAGUUCUACGAGCCCAAAGCCCACAAGACCUUACUGCAGCGUCUUCGCAAGGGCAUGGUCAAGAAGAAGACACAAGUGGUGAACGUUAUCCGAAGACAAAGGGCCACCACAGCCUAACAAUCCUGGUAUUUCGUGUUAUUUGGUAUAUUCAAGCCACCAGGAAAACGCACCCACGAUUUUUAUUUUGCCAUUCUUCUAUAUUGUGCCUGUACGUACGUAUAUUCUACAUUUCAUUUGUUGACAACGCUUAUACCCAUAACUCAAGUUCACACUUAAAGCGAGAAAAUAGUGGGCUCUGCACUGUGGCAGGGUCACGAAAAGUGCAAUGCGAAUAUCAAUCCAGCAUUCAGCAGUCUUAACACGGACGAACUUAUCGCAUGUGCUCAUCGUCAUCAUCAGCAUGAGCUCGCAAUAUUUGCUCAUGUGGGUUUGACGGAGGAAUCGGUCUUGAAUUUUCGCCGUCGUCAUGGCUUUGGUUUCGCUCCUCACACUUUGACUCUUCCAUGUGGAGAUGAUACUCCAUUUGAUUUGGUAACUUCCAAUUCCAUGCAGGCGGACCACGACCCUACCUCCAACACGCCACUCGACGUCUCCGUCGUUUUCGUUGUUGUUGAUCUAGCGAAGGAUGCUGUCCUAUUCAGCUUCUCUGAGAAUACCAGAAGACGACCGACUACGUUGUGUAAGGGAAAAAAGGGAUAACACCAAGAAUGAGAGGAGAGAAAUGCGUCCUACUCAUCCUCCAGCUUAGGCGGAGGGAUAAGAUACACUUAUGAUGCCUGGGGUCGGUUGAUAGCCACUUCUCUUCCUCAUUUGUUUUUUUCUUCAUUCUCAAAGCUCUUUCCUACGCAGAUUGCAUCCAAAACAGAAACUAUCACCAUCACCACCACCACCACCACCAUCAUCACCACCUCCAACAACAACCACAUAAAUAUGACCCACAACAACUUAUUGUUGAACUCGGAUAUUGCCUUUGCCAUCCAGAGACAUGUGGGCGCAUAGCACUAAUGUGGGAGAAUGCUUGCUUCGAAGGCUCUUUCUUUAGAGGAAGGGGGAUGCUCGUUUGUACAAGGAUAGAAUCAAUAAAUGAGCGCUAGUGUGAGUGGAGUAAUUCCUGGAAAUACAUCUACGUACAGUAGGUAUACACUACCAUGAAUGUUGAAUGGCCUACAAAGAGACGAGCUUCUUGGUCCACGUCUGGACACAUCUAAGGACCAACUGAACGAGUCCGCGUCCAUCAUUAUUUGAGGUGCCUAUAUGUUAACCUCGUCGGCGGCCCCUUCUCUUCUGAUUCCUUUUCGUCAUCAUCGGGAAGAAGUUCGAGCAAGUUCGAGAUCUUUCAUUCAACCAUCCAGGUUUGAUCGUGCAUAUGCUUGUCGACAACACGAAGAUGGUCCUUCUCGAUGCUCUUCAAUGGUUGAUUGAGCUUCAGCUCAGCGGGGAUAACCUUCCUCAUUGUUAGAGGGACUCGACGAGGUAGUAGUGGAGGAGGUGGACGAGAACGAUGAUGAUUUCGUGUCACAUUUCUGGAGUGGGCAUUAGUGCAUCAAAUUCAAGGCACUCAGGCCUCGUUGAGAAGGAAGAUGAGGACCGUACGUAGUAGAAGAGAGGGCCCAUUGGAGCUUGAGCUCAACUUGGCUGAAUAUGACUGUUUUGAUCAGAUAUGAGAGAUUGAAUUAAACUUCGACCAAUCUUCUCCCGAGAUGUCAUGUUGAUAACGUUGAGCACGAGGACAAGAGAAAUAGAUGAAUAAACAAAACAAACAAACAAACAAACGGAGAUCAGAUCCAAGGCAUCAGUGGUGGUGGUUGUGAUUGAGAGAGAUCGUUAGAAAUACAUGGCCACACUCAAUAUUUGACUGAGGGACGACGGACGUGUGGUUGAACACAACUUUAGACCAAGGAAUGUGCAUAGAUGUAUGCAUACCUGUAUGUACGUAUAAUACGCUUGAAUUUUGGUUUUCCAGUACUUUCUUGGUUAAGAUAACAAGCAAGAGAAUCGAGAAUAUGUCUAAGAGUGCGAUUGAGGUAUUCAAGAUAUUCGAUUCGAUUUCAUCCGUUCAAGGCCAUUCUUUCAUUGCAAAAUGGAUUACCAUGAUGUGCAAUUAUUUACAGUCUGAUGGACCUCCUUUUGCUGAGGCAGAUCUGCACGGACUUUUAGCGCCGAUUCAUACUUGGAAGAAUGUUCAAUUUUCAAUUUGAAAUAAUGAAUUAAAUACGCGUUGCUACUCAG